GUUUCACAGAAGCAUAACCCGCUCAGAGCUGGACAUUGCGCCCUGAGCUCUGUUCUGAAGAGUUUUUUGCUGAGGUGCUCUCCUUGAGGCAAAUAAAAAAUGGUGCUGGCAGAUAUCCCACUUUUUGGCCCUAUCUCGGUGUCAGAGAGUCUCGUGGCCAUUGCAACAAUAUGCACUGUGUAUCUCCUCCUGUGGGUCACUCGUACCAAAAUCCCUGAAGGUCUUCAGCCACUUCCAGGUCCGAAACCUCUCCCUUUGAUUGGAAAUGUGCUGGAAUUGGGACGCAACCCGCAUCUGAGUUUGACGGCCAUGAGCAAGCACUACGGCCCGGUUUUUCAGAUCCAGAUAGGCACACGUCCCGUUGCAGUGCUGGGAGGAAUUGAGGUUGUACGCCAGGCCCUAAUCAAGCAGGGUGAGGAGUUCUCCGGACGUCCUGACCUCUACAGCUUCAGCUUCAUCAAUGAUGGAAAGAGCCUGGCAUUCAGCACUGACCAGGCAGGUGUAUGGCGCACACGUCGCAAGCUGGCCCAGAGUGCUCUGCGCUCGUUUGCUAUAAUCGAGGGUCAGAGUGCUGAGUACUCCUGCUCCCUGGAAGAACACAUCAGCAAAGAGGGUCUGUACCUGAUCGAGAGGCUGCACAAUGUCAUGGAGACCAACGGCGGAUUCGACCCUUUCCGUCACAUCGUGGUGUCCGUCGCCAACGUGAUCUGUGGGAUCUGCUUCGGCCGGCGCUACAACCACGACGACCGCGAGCUAUUGAACCUGGUGAACAUGAGUGACGAGUUCAACCAAGUGGCGGGCAGCGGAAACCCGGCCGACUUCAUUCCCUUCCUGCGCCUCCUUCCCAGCACGUCCAUGAAGAAGUUCGUGGACAUCAACAGGCGCUUUAACGUCUUCAUACAUAAGAUCGUCAGAGAGCAUUACGACACAUACGAUAAGGACAACAUCCGCGAUAUCACAGACUCGCUCAUCGAUCACUGUGAGGACAGGAAGCUGGACGAGAACUCGAAUCUGCAGGUGUCUGAUGAGAAGAUUGUGGGAAUUGUGAACGAUCUCUUUGGAGCCGGUUUCGACACAAUCAGCACGGCUUUGUCCUGGUCUGUUGUGUACCUAGUGGCUUAUCCUGAGAUUCAAGAGAGACUGCAUGAAGAGCUGAAGGAGAAUGUUGGAAUGGACCGUACACCGCACCUGGUGGACAAACCCAACCUGAUAUACCUCGAGGCUUUCAUCCUGGAGAUUUUCCGUCAUUCCUCUUUCCUGCCUUUUACCAUCCCACACUGUACCACGAAAAACACGUCGCUCAAUGGAUACUUCAUCCCUAAAGACACGUGUGUCUUUAUUAACCAGUGGCAAACGAACCACGACCCGGAGCUCUGGAAAGAGCCUUCCUUGUUCAACCCUGACCGUUUCCUCAGCGCUGACGGCACCGAGCUCAACAAGAUGGAAGGCGAGAAGGUCAUGCUUUUCGGCCUGGGCAAACGCCGCUGUGUGGGCGAAGUCAUCGCGCGCUCCGAGGUCUUCCUCUUCCUCGCCAUCCUCAUCCAAAGGUUAAAGUUCAGCAGCAUGCCGGGGCAGAUACCAGACAUGACCCCGGAGUACGGCCUCACCAUGAAGCACAAGCGCUGCCUUUUGCGUUGCACGGCGAGGCCUGGGUUCGAAUCUCCCGGCACGGUGUGAGCGUCUGAAACGAGGCUGUUAAAUUCAGGGAUGUUUAUAAGAACCCCUUGUAUUCCUCUGAUGCUGUGCUCAGUGUAGACACAGAGGAUGUCUUUAGUGCAAUGACAGUCGUCACAAUGCCGUGGCUGACAAUUUCCGACGCUUAUCAGUCAACACAGAUCCACAUAUCCUCAGAAUGUAGUCUUCAAGCUGCCAGAAGAGCAAGACUGUUAAUGUUGUGACAUUCACAUUAUAUCGGUAUAGACACUGUGUUUAUAUCUAGUAUUUUAGUCUGUAUCACCUCAGAGCUGACUCGUGGCUAAUUCCUGGUUGUAGCUCAGGUACCUUGCUGCAGUUGUUAUAAAACAUCAAUCAGAUUAUGUCUGACCUUAUUUUGUUACAAAUCAUGAUCAAACCAUUCAGAUGGCAUGGACAGAGUUAAAAGUAUAUUUUUAGUGCCUUUUCACUUAUCGAAAGCUAUAAUAGUUUGAAAAAAAUUAUGCAUCAUAUUUUUAGGCCAUUUUUUUAAUACUACUGACUGUUUUAUUUCUGCUAUGAUAAAGUAUAUUUUAUCAUGAAGCAUAGCUUUAUUGUUUGACGAUCAACACUGAAGUUUUUUUUCAAAAGGACAUUUAAGCUUCAUCCCAAAAUGUGAUCCAUACAUUCAUGUGCUGUAUUUUUACUGAUAAAUUUCCAAUGUGCCUCAACUUCUGUUCAUACACAAUGCUGAAGUUUUAUAUUGAGAUUAUUUAUCAAGGCCCUCAGAGAUAUUUCUUCCAAUAUAUUUAGAACUGAUAGGCCACUGUUGUUGUUGUUGUUGUUGUUGUUGUUUGUUUGUGUGUGAGUGUGUUUGAGAGAGAGAGACUGUGAGUGUUUAUCGGAAAUAAUGAAGGAAUUGAGUUUUUUUAUAUAUAUAUAUAUAUAUAUAUAUAUAUAUAUAUAUAUAUAUAUAUAUAUAUAUAUAUAUAUAUAUAUAUAUAUAUAUAUAUCUCGGUGUAACUUUCUGAAGUAGAAAAAGAGAUUAAAAUCAUUACGUCAUGUACAUUAUUGCAGUGUACAGUAAUUAUGCCUUUGUUUUUGUAAUCUGCUGUUGCAAUGUUUUGGCACCUUUGUAUUCAUUAUCAAAAUAAAACUAAGAGACCAAAAAAUAACAAA